AUGUCGUUCAAAACAGCUGUACUUGCCACUCUACUUGCCAUAGCCCAUGCCCGGUUUAAUCAAGAACAAAUUCCUAUCCCAGCCAUUGCAGCCGUUCAAGGCGGUGCUCCAGGAGUGGCCCCAACCAUCGCCGGUGCUGCUAUAAGCGACCUACUAGCUGCAGCAAAUGCCUGUGACAAGCUCAAGCGUGGUGAUCAAAUCAUCGCUGAGCUCGGUACCGGAGCUGACGCUGUUGCUGCUGCCAUCGGCAUUGUUGCUGCGGAGAAGAAUUUCAACCCAUUCGUUCAGUCGAUUCCUACCAUCUGCGAUGACCCUUCUCUCCCGGCAACUGAUGUCCUCCGAGGUAUUACGCCUUUAAUCGAUCCGGCGGUUGUUGGCUCAGAUAUCGCAAAUGCUUUGUCUGCUAAGACCAAGGUGACUCCACUAGAUGCCACCGGCAAGAGUGUUGCGGAUCUGCUGGUUGAGAAUGGGUUCAGCAACUUCACUGCCCAAUCUGCGGCUGGUGCUACGAGCGCUGCUCCAGCUGCCUCCGUGAGCGCUGGAACCGAUGCCUCCACCACCACUGCGGCUACUGCCACUGCGGCUGCCAACGUGUGUGGCACCGUCGAAGCAUCUGGUGCAACCUCUGCUGCUGCUGAUUCUGCAACCUCGACAACCUCUGCCGCUGUCGAAACAUCAACGGCCGCCGCAGAUACAACAGGCAACGCCACCCAGGCGUCUACAGUGAGCGGGGCUGAUUUUGGUCUGUGUGUGCCAACCAUGAAGUUCGAAGGCGGACUCGGUGGCCGGCCCGCAACUGAAUUCACCUUCUUGCCCAUCGACCCUCUCUGUGCUCAAGGUCAGCAGGAGGCGUUGAAUCCAAACAUCAUCACCAACCGAAUCUGCGACCAACUCACCAACGUCUGCCAAGCUAAUGACGCGGCGAAGACACUGUGUCGGAGCGUCCAGGCUCAGAUCCAGGCCCUCGGAACCAGAGACAAGUCGACCGCAGACACUUGGAAUGCCAACCUCGGUUUCGCUGGGACGGUCACGAAUCCCGACGGCGGCCCUGCCGAGCCCCCAGCGAAGAUGAGAGUAGUUCGAUCCUAUAGAGAUUACUGA